AUUAAUACACUCACUUCACUUCAUCAAUAAUCUUCUUCUUUUUCUUCUUCUUCUUCACCUCAAAUUAAUCCAACACAAAAACCCUAAUUUCCUUCCUUACCAGGCUGUUCAUGGAUUCUUCGCCCUGUCGGGUCGAAAAUUUCCAUGUCCUAAUAAUCUCAGUUCUCUUCCUCAUUACAAGAACUGUCUUCUGCAACAAUCAUUGGGAUGGAAUCAUCGUCACAGAAUCAGACUACCAAUCUCUCCAGGCCCUAAAGCACGAAUUCGUCGAUCUCCGGGGAGUUCUAACAACCUGGAACACCACAAACCCCGCCGGCGCCUGCUCCGGCUGGGCCGGUAUCAAAUGCGCCGGCGGCCAAGUCAUCGCCAUUACUCUCCCCUGGAAAGGCCUCGCCGGAAAAAUCUCCUCCAAAAUCGGACAGCUCCAAUCCCUCCGCCGCCUCAGCCUCCACGACAACUCACUUUCCGGCGACAUUCCGGCGACCCUCGGCUUCCUUCCCAAUCUCCGAGGACUCUACCUUUUUAACAACAAACUUUCAGGCAAUGUCCCUCCAUCACUAGGUAACUGUCUUCUUCUCCAAACCCUCGAUUUAAGCAAUAAUAUUCUCACCGGAAUUGUUCCUCCCAAUCUUUCGAAUUCGACGAAGCUUUUCAGGCUUAAUUUGAGCUUCAAUUCCCUGUCGGGAUCCAUCCCUGUCGCCCUGACACGAUCCCAUUCCCUCUUUUUUCUUGCACUUCAGAAUAAUAAUUUGUCUGGCCCUGUCCCUGAUUCCUGGGAAUCUCCGAAUCUCCAUUUGAACACUUCCUACAACCUUCGAUCCAUCGUUUUGGAUCAUAAUCUCCUGUCGGGGGAGAUUCCAUCUUCUUUAACCAAGCUCGCCAUGCUUGAGGAACUAAGGUUAAGCCAUAACCAGAUGACAGGGAAGAUCCCUGAUGAGAUUGGUACUCUUUCCAGGUUGAAUUCUCUCGAUUUGUCGAACAAUAAAUUCUCCGGCCGGAUUCCGGACACCGUCGGAAAUCUUACAAGAAUCACCUCACUCGAUCUGUCGGAAAACAAUCUCACCGGAGGAAUUCCCGAUUCUCUUACAACUCUCAAGAACCUAACUUUUCUCGACGUUUCUUACAAUAACUUGUCCGGCGCCGUCCCCCCUGUUCUUGCCAAGAAAUUCAAUUCGUCAUCGUUCGCCGGAAAUCUCGACCUUUGUGGAUUCAACGGGUCGUCUCCUUGUCCUUCUCCACCUCCGGUGCCGGAAAACCAGCCGUCAGAGGAACCGAACCGUAAUCGUCGAAAACUGAGUUUAAAGGACAUAAUUCUCAUUACAGCAGGUGUUCUUUUAGUUAUUCUAUUAGUCCUAUGUUGUGUGCUUCUCUGCUGUCUGAUCAGAAAAAGAUCGGCGGGCUCAAAAGCCAGGAACGGCGGGAAGGCGACAGGUGGCGCCACAGUGGUUUCAGACAGGGGCGCGAAGCCGAGUCCGGGGGCUGAGGUGGAAUCCGGCGGUGGUGACGCCGGCGGGAAGUUAGUACAUUUCGACGGCCCAUUCGUUUUCACCGCCGACGAUCUUCUUUGCGCGACGGCGGAGAUUAUGGGGAAGAGCAGUUACGGAACGGCGUAUAAGGCGACGCUCGAGGACAACGACAACCAAGUUCUUGUCAAGAGACUUCGGGAAAAGAUUACAAAGGGACAGAAAGAAUUCGAGUCCGAGGUUGCGCGCCUCGGCAAGAUUCGACACCCAAACAUCCUUGCGCUUCGCGCUUAUUACCUCGGCCCAAAGGGCGAGAAGCUUCUCGUCUACGAUCAUAUGCCGAAUGGAAGCCUAGCUUCCUUCUUACAUGCUCGAGGGCCGGAGACAGUAGUCCCGUGGGCGACGAGAAUGAGCAUCGCGGUCGGGAUAACGCGGGGACUAUGUUAUCUACACGAUGAGGAGAAAAUGUGUCACGGAAAUCUUACGUCGAGCAGCGUGAUGCUCGACGAGCAAAACUGUCCGAAGGUGGCGGACGUCGGGCUAUCGAGGCUGAUGACGAGCGCGGCGAACACGGACGCGGUUGCGACCGCGGGGACGACGGGGUACCGGGCCCCGGAGCUUUCGAAGAUGAAGAACGCGAGCAGCAAGAGCGACGUGUACAGCUUGGGGGUGAUCAUGUUGGAGCUUCUGACGGGGAAAUCGCCUAGCGAGGCGAUCGACGGCCACGAUUUGCCGGAGUGGGUGGCGUCGAUCGUGAAGGAGGAGUGGACUAAUGAAGUUUUCGAUGUCGAGGUGAUGAAGGAUGCUUCGGAGAUCGGAGAUGAAGCUCUUGGUGCAUUGAAAUUGGCUCUGCAUUGUGUGGAUCCGUCGCCGGCGGCGAGGCCGGAGGCUCGGCAGGUGUUGAGUAAGUUGGAGGAGAUUAUGCCUGAUUUGGUUCGUGCGCCGGCGCCGGCGCCUGAUGAUGGUUCUUUCGCCGAGAUUCCGGCGAGGAGUGAGUGAGAGAGGAAGAGUUUAUAGAAGGAGAAGCAUAUAUAUAUAUAUAGAGAGAGAGAUAGAGAUUUGUAUUUAUUUAUUCAUUCAUUCAUUUAUGGUUUGUUCUUGAUUCAAGUUUAUAAAAUAAAGCAUAAAUUGUAUAAUACCAAAUAUAUCUAU